AACUUGACGCCUGAAGCGUACGCAAGCAGCGAGCGGAAGCCAACGUUGUCGUUGCAACAAGACAAGAUCACGUUAUCGAUAUCGACAUUUCGAAUUCGAACUCGAACUCGAACUGGAGUUUAAGCAGCUUUAGCGACGCGUCGCCGCAGAAACAACAAAAAGAAGCGCAUAUCAACAAGUGGAAGUGACAAGAAAUGUGCAUAGAAAACAAAUAUAAAUAAAAUAGCAACAACAACAAAAAUAAAAGUUUGUGAUAACUAUUAAAAUGCCCUGAGAAAAACAACAACACGCAAAAUACAAAACAAACCAAAUUAUAUAGUUAACUGGGCAUGGGCUAAUUAAAGGCCAAUCUAUGUGCGUUACUUGUGCCAAAAGUAGUGGUUAAAACAACAACAACAAUAGUAACACCAACAACAACAAGCAGCAGCAACAAGAGCAACCAGCAUCGUCUGCAACAGAAUGUACAAAAUGUUUAGAAAACAUUUUCGCCGAAAAUCAACAAAAGGCAACGCUAUAACAACAAGCAGAACGACAUCAGCAACAACAACAUCAACAGCAACAACAACAACAGACAGUCUGAGAAUGUGUGGAACGAGGCAAAGGCAAAUUCAAACAACAACAACGUUGCGUUCGUGGAUCGACAACUGUCGAUCAUUAAAGUUUGCCUGCAACUUAAUUGCUUUAAUUUUAAUAUUGUUAGUUCAUAAGAUAUCCGCAGCUGGCAACUUCGAGCUGGAAAUAUUAGAAAUCUCAAAUACCAAUAGCCAUCUACUAAGCGGCUACUGCUGCGGUGUUCCCACCGAGCUGAGGGCCACCAAGACGACGGGCUGCACGCCGUGCACGACGGCAUUUCGUUUGUGCCUCAAGGAGUAUCAGACGACGGAACAAGGCGCCAGCAUAUCGACGGGUUGUUCAUUUGGCAACUCAACAACUAAGAUACUUGGCGGUUCCAGUUUUGUGCUCAGUGAUCCGGGUGUGGGUGCCAUUGUGUUGCCCUUUACAUUUCGCUGGACGAAGUCGUUUACGUUGAUACUCCAGGCGUUGGACAUGUACAACACAUCGUAUCCAGAUGCGGAAAGGUUAAUUGAAGAAACAUCAUACUCGGGCGUGAUUUUGCCGUCGCCAGAGUGGAAGACACUGGACCAUAUUGGCCGCAAUGCGAGGAUCACCUACCGCGUCCGGGUGCAAUGCGCCGUUACCUACUACAACACGACCUGCACGACCUUUUGCCGUCCCCGUGACGAUCAGUUUGGGCACUAUGCCUGCGGUUCCGAGGGUCAAAAGCUCUGUCUCAAUGGCUGGCAGGGCGUCAACUGUGAGGAGGCCAUUUGCAAGCCCGGCUGUGAUCCCAUACAUGGCAAAUGUGAUCGACCCGGUGAAUGCGAAUGCCGACCUGGUUGGCGAGGUCCGUUGUGCAAUGAGUGCAUGGUCUAUCCGGGUUGUAAGCAUGGUUCCUGCAAUGGCAGCGCUUGGAAAUGCGUAUGCGAUACGAAUUGGGGUGGCAUAUUGUGCGAUCAAGAUUUAAAUUACUGUGGCACCCAUGAACCGUGCAAACAUGGCGGCACCUGCGAGAACACGGCACCGGAUCAAUAUCGCUGCACAUGCGCCGAAGGAUUGUCGGGGGAGCAGUGUGAAAUUGUGGAGCAUCCAUGUGCCACACAGCCCUGUCGCAAUGGCGGCACAUGCACACUCAAGCUAACGAAUGCAACACGACCAACAGCAUAUCGCGUCAUGCGUGGCAUGAGCUCCGCCAUGGGCAAACCGAUAAGUCGACGCAAUUCAAUACGCAGCCUCUCGGGCCUGUUGCAGGAGACACAGAAUGCCACAGGCAGCAGUGGCAGCAUCAGCUCCCAGCAGCAGCUGCCAUCACUUGCAGCGGAGUUCACUUGCGGCUGUGCGGCAGGCUGGACUGGACCAACAUGUGAAAUAAAUAUCGAUGAAUGCGCUGGAGGUCCCUGCGAGCAUGGUGGCACUUGUGUCGAUCUAAUCGGCGGCUUUCGCUGCGAAUGUCCGCCCGAGUGGCGUGGCGAUGUCUGUCAGGUGGACGUGAACGAAUGCGAGGCAUCCUAUGCGGCAUCACUGCCUGCCACAACGCUGCUGACAACCACGGCUAGCGCCAUCAUUGGCAGCAAUCUGAGCAGCUCGGCAGCACUGCUUGCCGCAUUGACCAGCGCGGUGGCUGCCUCAAAUUCAGCAUCCGCCAAUGGACCCUGUAUUAAUGCUAGGGAAUGCCUUAAUUUGCCCGGUUCCUUCUCAUGUCUGUGCCUCGAGGGUUGGGGAGGCGCCACCUGUGCUGAGAAUCUGGACGAUUGCGUCGGUCAGUGCAAGAAUGGCGCCAGUUGCAUUGAUCUAGUUAACGAUUAUCGUUGCGCCUGCGCCGCCGGCUACACGGGUCGAGAUUGUGAAACGGACAUCGAUGAAUGCGCCACAUCUCCGUGUCGCAAUGGCGGAGAGUGUGUCGACUUGGUCGGCAAAUUCAAUUGCAUCUGUCCGCUCGGCUAUUCGGGCUCUCUGUGUGAGGAGGCCAUGGAUCAUUGCACGCCCUCGCCGUGUCUGCAAGGCAGAUGCCUCAACACACCCGGCAGCUAUUACUGCCACUGUCCCUCGGAUCGUGCGGGCAAACACUGCGAGCAACUGCGUCCCCUCUGCUCGCAGCCACCCUGCAAUGAGGGCUGCUUUGCCAAUGUCACUGCCACACCAGCAGCAACAACAACAACAACAACGAUGACGUCCAGUGGCCAACCCUGCAGUGGCCAUGGCAGCUGUGAGAUGAGCGACGUGGGCACCUUCUGCAAAUGUCAUGUGGGCCACACCGGCACCUUCUGCGAGCACAAUCUCAACGAAUGCUCGCCGAAUCCUUGUCGAAAUGGUGGAAUUUGCCUUGACGGUGACGGCGACUUUACAUGCGAAUGCAUGUCCGGCUGGACAGGCAAACGUUGCUCGGAACGCGCCACAGUUUGUUAUGCCGGUCAAUGCCAAAAUGGUGGCACCUGCAUGCCUGGUGCACCGGAUAAGGCGUUGCAGCCACAUUGCCGCUGUUCCCCCGGCUGGACGGGCACGUUCUGCGCGGAGGCCAUCGACCAAUGCAGCGGGCAGCCGUGUCGUAAUGGCGGCACCUGUGAGUCAGGCGCCGGCUGGUUUCGCUGCGUGUGUGCUCCAGGUUUCUCAGGACCCGAUUGUAGGAUCAACGUGAACGAGUGCUCGCCGCAACCGUGUCAAGGAGGCGCCACCUGCCUCGAUGGCAUUGGCGGUUACUCGUGCAUCUGUCCCUCGGGUCGUCAUGGACUGCGCUGUGAGAUAUUGCUCUCGGAUCCCAAGUCAGCUUGCCUGAAUGUCAGCAAUACAAUUUCUCCUUAUGCCGCAUUGAAUCAAACCCAAAACUGGCUGGACAGUGCUUUAACCGGACGCAGUGAGGACGAUGAGCAUUGCAAUGCCUGUGUCUGCGAGAAUGCCACAUCCCGUUGCACGAAUCUCUGGUGUGGUUUGCCCAACUGCUUCAAACUGGACCCCCUUUCCAAAUCCUCCAAUCUUUCCGGUGUCUGCAAGCAACAUGAGGUGUGUGUUCCAACUUUAGGGGAAACCUGCCUGUCGCCACCUUGUGGUGUGCGUGGCGAUUGUCGCGCCUUGGAGCCUUCGAGACGUGUUGCACCACCACGGCUGCCGGCCAAAGCCACCUGUUGGCCAAAUCAAGCCUUGGUUAAUGAGAAUUGCGCAAGACUUACGAUUCUGCUGGACUUGGAACGUGUCGGUAAAGGUGCCUCCGUGGAGGGACUGUGCUCCUUGGUGCGGGUGCUGCUUGCGGCACGCUUGAUCAAGCAGCCGGUGGCGCCACAGACAAAUCCUGCCGAGGAUCAGGGCAUGCUGAUGGUGCUGUGCGAUCUGAAGACGGGCACCAAUGACACCAUUGAAUUGACUGUGUCGUCCAGCAAACUGAAUGAUCCUCAGCUGCCGGUGGCUGUGACCUUGCUGGGUGAACUCUUGAGCUCCCGUCAAUUGAACGGGAUUCAACGUCGCAAUGAGCUGCAACUGCAACACGCAAAGCUGGCGGCAUUGACAUCCAUACUCGAAGUGAAGCUGGAGACGGCACGAGUGGCAGAUGGAAAUAGUCAUAGUUUACUCAUUGGUGUGCUCUGUGGCAUCUUUAUUGUCCUCGUGGGUUUCUCCAUCUUCAUUAGUCUGUACUGGAAACAGCGGCUCGCCUAUCGCAGCAGCUCUGGCAUGAAUCUGACGCCACCAUUGGAUGCACUGCGUCACGAGGAGGAAAAAUCAAAUAAUCUGCAGAAUGAAGAGAAUCUCAGACGUUAUACGAAUCCACUGAAAGGCAGCACCAGCUCCCUGCGUGCUGGCAAUGGCAUGGAGCUGAGUCUGAAUCCCGCUCCCGAGUUGGCGGCCACUGCAGCGAGCAGCUCGGCAUUGCAUCGUUCGCAGCCUCUGUUUCCGCCUUGUGACUUUGAGCGGGAACUGGAUGCGAGCACGGGAUUGAAGCAGGCGCAUAAAAGGAGCUCUCAAAUACUGCUGCACAAGACACAGAACUUGGACAUGAAGAAGAACACGGUCGGAUCGCUUGAGAGUCCGCGCAAGGAUUUUGGCAAGCGUUCGAUCAACUGCAAAUCAAUGCCGCCGCCGGCGACUGAUGAUAGCGGCGAUAUGUUGGCCACUGUGGUGGUCUAAGGAACUGUUGGUGACUCGCAGCGAUCUCACGACCCACACGAUCCACACACAGUCCACACACCAUAAGCUUGUUCUCCGCUUCAAAAGUUCCUCGCAUUUAGGUUGGCAUUUUGCGAUUCCAUUGCCACAGCCCAGGGCGCGAUUUCCAAGUGCAUUAGUAGCAUAAGUUACUAUAGUUAAUUACUAAGUUAGUUAGUUAGUUAGUUUUGGCUGCGUAUUUAGCACUCUUUGUGUUGCAUUCUUUGUUAGUGUAAUUUCUCAUAAUCUCUGUCACUCUUUCUCUCUCUCUCUCUCUCUCUCUCAGUAUCUAUCUUCUCGUAUUUUAACUUCAUCGCUAAGCAACAUCCUACACAGUGUGAUAUUUAGUGUAACCCAAAAGCGCGUAUAUAUAUAUAUAUAUAUAUAUAUAUCGUAUUUACCGUAUAUAUCUUUGGCCGCAUAUAGCCUGUAUAUAUAGCAUUGCAUAAGUUGUAAAUAAUUGUAAAGUUCUGUAGUUACCGUUAUUGUAUUUUGUCUAAUUGCAUCGAAUCUUAAAUUAAGC